CUUAUACGUUGUUGGUUAGUGUUGACGUAGAAUUGGAAAGUUGCGUUGUUUUAUAUCUAAAUUUCAAUAUAUGUUGAUGAAGUUGGUUGGCUGAAUCAAAGCUUAUUACUUAGUUUUGCAUCUGAUACAUUGGACAGCCAUUGCAAGAGUUGUAUAAAGGUUCAGCAUGACGUCCAUUGUAACUUCAGAUUCUAAAGCACCUUUAAGGGAUGUGAAGAAGGUCCAGUUUGGAAUUUUGAGUCCAGAUGAGAUUCUUCGAAUGUCUGUCACGGAAGGUGGGAUUCGCUAUUCUGAAAUUUAUGAAGGAGGUAGGCCAAAACUGGGUGGCUUGAUGGACCCUCGGCAGGGUGUGAUUGAUAGGCAUUCCCGCUGUCAGACAUGUGCUGGGAACAUGACAGAAUGUCCAGGCCAUUUUGGCCAUAUUGAAUUGGCCAAGCCUGUUUUUCAUGUAGGAUUCCUGACUAAGACCAUCAAAAUCUUAAGAUGUGUAUGCUUUUACUGCUCCAAACUACUUGUCAGCCCAAAUAAUCCAAAAAUCAAGGAAAUAAUAACCAAGUCCAAAGGUCAGCCAAGGAAAAGACUGGCUCAUAUUUAUGAUCUGUGCAAAGGAAAGAACAUUUGUGAAGGGGGUGAUGAGAUGGACACAAAAUUGAUUAAUGAAGCUCAGCAGCAUGCUGAAGAACCUACAAAAAAGCUGGGCCAUGGAGGUUGUGGGCGUUAUCAACCAAAAAUUCGUAAAAGUGGCUUGGAUUUGACUGCAGAAUGGAAGCAUGUGAAUGAAGAUUCCCAGGAAAAGAAAAUUCAGUUAUCUGCUGAGAGGGUUUGGGAAAUUUUCAAGCACAUAUCAGAUGAGGAGUGUCAGAUAUUAGGAAUGGACCCUCGUUUUGCUAGACCAGAUUGGAUGUUGGUUACAGUGCUUCCUGUUCCACCAUUACCAGUGAGGCCAGCAGUAGUCAUGUUUGGUUCAGCAAGAAACCAGGAUGAUCUGACCCACAAGUUAGCUGAUAUAGUAAAGGCAAACAACGAACUGAUCAGGAAUGAACAAAAUGGAGCAGCAGCUCACAUUAUUGCUGAAAAUAUUAAAAUGCUUCAGUUCCAUGUAGCAACACUUGUUGAUAAUGAACUUCCAGGUUUGCCUAGGGCAAUGCAAAAAUCAGGAAGACCUCUAAAGUCUUUGAAGCAAAGAUUAAAAAGCAAAGAAGGGAGGAUUCGAGGUAAUCUCAUGGGAAAGCGAGUAGAUUUCUCGGCUCGAACUGUUAUCACACCUGAUCCCAAUUUAAGAAUAGAUGAAGUAGGAGUACCACGUUCUAUUGCACAAAACUUGACAUUUCCAGAAAUAGUGACACCAUUUAACAUUGACAAGAUGCAUGAGCUAGUAAGACGUGGAAAUAGCCAGUAUCCUGGAGCAAAGUAUAUUAUUCGUGAUAAUGGUGAAAGAAUUGAUUUACGUUUUCAUCCAAAAGCUAGUGACCUCCAUCUUCAGUGUGGUUAUAAGGUGGAAAGACAUGUUCGGAAUGGUGAUGUUGUCAUUUUCAAUCGGCAACCCACUUUGCAUAAAAUGUCUAUGAUGGGGCAUAGAAUUAAAGUCCUUCCAUGGUCAACGUUUAGAUUAAAUUUAAGUGUGACUACUCCUUACAAUGCUGACUUUGAUGGAGAUGAAAUGAAUCUUCAUGUACCACAAUCACUAGAAACCAGAGCUGAGAUAGAGCAGUUGGCUAUGGUAUCUCGCAACAUUAUUACACCUCAAUCAAAUAAACCCGUGAUGGGAAUUGUGCAGGAUACUUUGACUGCAGUCAGGAAAAUGACUAGGAGAGAUGUUUUCUUAGAAAAGGAUCAGAUGAUGAAUUUACUUAUGUACUUGCCUAUCUGGGAUGGCAAGAUGCCUAUGCCAGCUAUUCUGAAACCAAAGCCAUUAUGGACUGGCAAACAAUUGUUUUCACUGAUCAUUCCACCAAACAUCAAUUUGAUUCGAACCCAUAGCACACAUCCUGAUGAAGAAGAUGAUGGACCUUACAAGUGGAUCUCUCCAGGAGAUACAAAAGUUCUUAUUGAGCAUGGUGAACUAAUUAGUGGUAUAGUGUGUAAGAAGACAGUUGGAGCUUCUAGUGGUUCACUGAUGCAUGUUGUGUUCAAUGAACUCGGGCAUGAAGUGUCAGGCCAGUUCUAUGGUCAUAUUCAGACAGUUGUUAAUAAUUGGCUACUUCUGGAAGGUCAUACAAUUGGUAUUGGUGACACAAUUGCUGAUCCACAAACUUACAUAGAGAUUCAGAAUACGAUUAAAAAGGCCAAGCAGGAUGUGAUCGAAGUCAUAGAAAAAGCCCAUAACGAUGAGUUGGAACCAACACCUGGUAAUACUUUGAGACAGACUUUUGAAAACCAGGUGAACCGUAUUCUAAAUGAUGCUCGAGACAAGACUGGUGCUAGUGCCCAAAAGUCACUUUCUGAAUUUAACAACUUCAAGGCUAUGGUAGUAUCUGGUGCCAAAGGAUCAAAGAUCAAUAUAUCACAGGUUAUUGCCUGUGUAGGACAGCAAAACGUAGAAGGUAAACGAAUUCCUUUUGGAUUCCGAAAACGUACCCUUCCGCACUUCAUCAAGGAUGAUUAUGGACCAGAAAGUAGAGGGUUUGUUGAGAACUCUUACCUAGCUGGUCUAACGCCUUCAGAGUUUUUCUUCCAUGCUAUGGGUGGUAGAGAAGGUUUAAUUGAUACUGCUGUAAAAACAGCAGAAACAGGUUACAUUCAACGACGUUUAAUCAAAGCUAUGGAAAGUGUAAUGGCUACUUAUGAUGGAACUGUGAGAAACAGCACUGGGCAGGUGAUUCAGUUGAAGUAUGGAGAAGAUGGUUUAGAUGGGACAGCUGUAGAAGUUCAGUCACUACCAACACUGAAACCUUCAGAUAAAGCAUUUGAGAAGAAGUUUAGGUUUAAUGCAUCCAAUGAAAGGUAUUUACGACGUAUCUUUACUGAGGAUGUAGUGAGAGACUUGAUGGGCAGUGCCACUGCACUGAGUGAACUAGAGAAAGAAUGGGAAAAACUGAAACAUGACAGGGAAUUAUUGAGGGCCAUUUUCCCUACAGGUGAUAGUAAGGUAGUUCUACCUUGUAACCUUCAGAGAAUGAUCUGGAGUGCACAGAAGAUUUUUCAUGUCAAUCAGAGAGCCCCUACAGAUUUAAGUCCUUUGAAAGUGAUUGGAGGUGUCGAAGAACUUGUGAAGAAGCUAGUGGUGGUGCCUGGUGAAGAUAGGCUGAGUAUCCAGGCUAAUGAUAAUGCAACAAUACUUUUCCGUGCCUUGCUGAGAUCAACCCUUUGUGCUAAGCGUGUUGCUGAAGAGUUCAGACUAUCUAGUGAAUCAUUCCAAUGGUUGUUGGGAGAAAUCGAAGCAAGAUUUCAGCAGGCCCAGGUUCAACCUGGAGAGAUGGUGGGGCCUUUGGCUGCACAAUCUCUGGGAGAACCAGCCACUCAGAUGACACUGAACACUUUCCACUAUGCUGGAGUGUCUGCCAAGAAUGUAACUCUAGGUGUACCUCGACUGAAAGAAAUUAUCAAUAUCUCCAAGAAGCCUAAAACUCCUUCUUUGACCGUGUUUUUAACUGGCAGUGCUGCUCGGGAUGCCGAAAAAGCAAAGGAUGUUUUAUGUCGUUUGGAGCACACAACUUUGAGAAAAGUCACUGCUAACACUGCCAUUUACUAUGAUCCUGACCCACAAAAUACUGUUAUUGUUGAAGACCAAGAAUUUGUUAAUGUAUAUUAUGAAAUGCCAGAUUUUGACCCCACAAGGAUCUCUCCUUGGCUUUUGCGCAUAGAGCUGGAUCGUAAGCGCAUGACAGACAAAAAACUGACCAUGGAGCAAAUUGCAGAAAAAAUAAAUGCAGGAUUUGGAGAUGACUUGAAUUGUAUUUUCAAUGAUGACAAUGCUGAGAAACUAGUUCUUCGUAUUAGGAUCAUGAACAACGAUGAAAGCAAAUUCCAAGAUGAGGAAGAGCAAGUGGACAAGAUGGAAGAUGAUGUGUUUCUUCGAUGUAUAGAAGCAAACAUGUUGAGUGACAUGACACUACAAGGCAUAGAAUCUAUCACUAAGGUGUAUAUGCACCUUCCUACCACUGACAACAAGAAGAGAAUUGUCAUCACGGAUACUGGAGAAUUCAAGGCUAUAGCUGAAUGGCUUCUUGAAACUGAUGGUACCAGUCUCAUGAGGGUUCUUAGUGAACGAGAUGUUGAUCCUGUUCGUACAGUGUCUAAUGACAUUUGCGAGAUAUUUUCGGUUCUUGGGAUUGAGGCUGUUCGUAAGGCUGUAGAGAAAGAAAUGAAUCAUGUAAUAUCAUUUGAUGGUUCUUAUGUGAAUUAUCGGCACUUGGCCUUAUUGUGUGAUGUCAUGACUGCAAAGGGUCAUCUUAUGGCAAUUACUCGUCAUGGGAUUAAUAGACAAGAUACAGGUGCUCUAAUGCGUUGCUCCUUUGAAGAAACGGUAAUUUCAUUUUAAAGUUGUUGAUUAUGAGACACUUAAAAAUAGAUAACUUAAAUUUGAUUGAGUUUUAUUUUGUUACUAGCUGAUGUACCCAUUCAGUGCACAAUAAAGACAAACACACACAUCUUUCAUCUGCCCUCCACUGAUUUUCUAGUUGUAAUUGGACACGCAGACUUCUGUCAAAUAAAUUUAAGAGUAAGUAUCUCUGUGUUUUCAGGUGGUCCAGGUGUAUUUUUUGGAACUGUAGCAAGCCCCACUUCAGCCAUGUCACCACAAAUGACUCCAUGGAAUCAAGGGUCAACUCCAGCCUAUGCCAGUGCUUGGUCCCCGGGUUUGGGUAGUGGAAUGACUCCAGGAGCUGCUGGUUUCUCUCCAUCAGCAGCAAGUGAUGCUAGUGGCUACAGUCCAAGAUACAGUCCAGCAUGGUCUCCACAACCAGGAUCACCUGCUUCUCCAGCUUCUCCUUACAUACCCAGUCCUGCUGGUGCACUGUCACCAAGUUAUUCUCCAUCGUCACCUGCAUAUGCUCCAACGUCUCCAUCAAUCACUCCCCAAAGUCCAAGCUAUUCACCAACUUCACCUUCUUACUCUCCUACUAGUCCAAGCUACUCGCCAACUUCUCCAAAUUACAGUCCUACCAGUCCAAGUUACAGUCCUACCAGUCCCAGCUACUCUCCUACCAGUCCAAGUUACUCUCCUACCAGUCCUAGCUACUCUCCUACCAGUCCCAGCUAUAGCCCAACCAGUCCAAGUUAUUCUCCAACUAGUCCCAGUUACUCUCCGACAAGCCCAAGUUAUUCACCGACAAGCCCUAGUUACAGCCCCACUAGCCCAAGCUAUAGUCCCACUAGCCCUAGCUAUUCCCCAACAAGUCCAAGCUACUCUCCCAGUUCCCCUAAUUACACUCCAGCAUCCCCAUCAUAUUCCCCUACCAGCCCAAGCUAUUCUCCUACAAGCCCAGGAUAUUCCCCCACAUCACCUUCCUACAGUCCCACUAGCCCCAGUUAUUCACCCAGCUCACCAAACUACUCACCUCAGAGUCCAAGUUACAGCCCUGGAUCUCCAAGUUAUUCUCCGAGUAGCCCCAAGUACUCACCAACCUCCCCAUCAUACAGUCCCACCAGUCCAAGUUAUUCUCCAGGGUCUCCACAAUACACACCUACUUCUCCUAAGUACAGCCCUGGCUCUCCAACUUAUUCUCCAACAUCUCCAUCGUACUCUCCCUCAAGUCCUAAGUAUUCACCUACCAGUCCUACAUACACACCAACAUCUCCAAAGUAUAGUCCCACUUCCCCUCAGUACAGCCCCACAUCUCCAAAGUACUCCCCUACAUCUCCCACCUAUUCUCCUAGUUCUCCUAAUUAUAGCCCCACAAGUCCCACAUAUUCACCAUCCAGUCCUAAAGGAUCAAAUUACUCUCCUGCAAGUCCAGGAUACUCUCCCUCCUCACCAACAAGAAGUCCUACUAGCCCCACAAUGGAUUAUGACGAUGACCACUGAUCUUGAAACCUGUGUGGAACAAUUUGUUUAUAAUGUCUUUUGAAAAAUGUUUAAAUAACUGUGCACAUUUAGGAAAUACUUAUUUCUUGUUCACAGAAAUAUUGUGAAACGUUUGUAUAUUUGAAAUCGUUGCAGUAGAUAAAUAGAAAAAAGUUAGUAGUCUGUGAGCGUUUUGUGUUCUUUUAAAGAAAAGUGUUGGUAGAUUUAAGAAAACAGAGUGUCUAAGGUGAGCGAAAUAUUUAUACAAAAACUUUAAACCAAUUCUGAUUAUUUUAAAUUGCUAGUUGUUGAAUAUGAAAUGUUUUAUACUUGUGUGUCCAUGAAAUGACUAUAUAUUCCACAUAUUUUAUUGUUAACUAAAUGUAAGAACCAGAUCUUAAUGAAACAUUAUGGCAAUCGGUUAAUAUUUCUGUUGGUGUUUUAAAUAUGUUCGUGUAUUCAAUGGUACUUUAUGUGAUGUAGAAGUUGAUUUUCCAAGUUGUUCAAUAAAGCACUAAUUUAUAUAUAAUA